CCCGUCGUGUGCUGGGUCGUCUGCACCGUCACGAAGCAGCAGCUCGGCCGUGCUGGGGGUCUCGCCCAAAGCCCGAAGACGACGAUGGGGAUCUACGUCCUCUACCUCUCCGCCCUGCUGCGGUCUCUGAGCGGCUGGCUGAAGCGAGGCAUGCCUGGGGUGCUGAGGAGGCUGUGCUGCCUGGCGGCCGACGGCGUCUGGAAGCAGAAGGUCCUCUUCGAGGAGAAGGAGGUGCAGGGGUACGCGCUGGACCAGCGAGAAGCCCUCCCGCUCCUCCUCAACGAGCACCUCUUCCAGAAGGACAUCUCAUCUCCUUCCAGCAUGAUCUUCCUGGCUGUCAGCACCUACAGCUUCAUCCACCUCAGCUUCCAGGAGUUUUUCGCGGUGCUCUUCUACCUGCUGGAAGGUGAAGGGGCGGCACAGGACCCCCCUGCCAGCCCCUCCAGGGAUGUGAAGGAGCUGCUGGAGAGCUACGGCAGCUCCAGGAACUACUUCAUGCUAACCAUGCGGUUCCUCUUCGGGCUCUUAAGCGAGGAACGCAGGAGGGAGCUGCAGGAGGAGAUGGGGUGUAAAAUCGCACCUAGGAUUACGCAGGAAUUACUGGCGUGGCUUCAAAACAGCCAGAAAACAGCCCUAGCUCUUCUGACGCAGGAGACGGCGGUGAUCCGCGAGCUGGAGGUCUGCCGCUCUCUGUACGAGCUGCGGGACGGGCGGUUUGUGGCGACCGCCUGGGGUGCUUUCACUGGGGGGUACCUACGAGGGCUCAACCUUAACCGCUUCGACCAGAUGGUCCUUUCCUUCAGCCUAAAAAAAUUCCGCAAGCUGGAGUCGCUUGACCUGGGGCACUGCUCCUUCCUGUGGGACGGCCCCGAGGAGC